CUUUGGCAACAGAGGAAAUUAUCUGUCGACUUGCUAUUGUCAGCAAUGCUACUGCACUGUUUACAAGAGCUGGUUUAAUGCCACUGAGUACAGUACUAUGCACUUCUGCUCAAGUCAACCUGAAUUGUACGCGACGCAUACAACUUGAGAUCAAUUCCUGGAAACUCACAGACAAACCUCAACAUCAUGGGUGAAGGUAAUUGUCCUCUUCAGUUCACAGAUGACAAAGCAGUGCGCAUCGUGUCCGUCAAAGGCCUGAAGGACAACUGGCAAAAGUGGUCUGACAAUCACCAGGAACACCAGAAACAUAACCCCUUCAGUCAUGACACCAGGCCUGAGGCGGUGGGCCCUCAGAGGGGUCACAGUGACUAUGGGAGGCCCCUGCAGGGGUCAAUGACAGCACAACGUGGGGAGGAUGCUCACACACACAUCAGCAGAGAAGUUCAGGAGUUGUGUAAGGUCAUAAAAGACAUUGGGGUGCAGGCAAACAAAGAUGAGGGUGGGAGUGAUAUUGCAGUACAAUUUGGCAAGCUGUUUGAGCAUUACAUCUCUAUCUCGAACAAAUUAGUGGGGAUUCUUCUAAGGGCCCGGAAACAGAAGCUGGUUGACUUUGAAGGGGAGAUGCUGUGGCAAGGGAAGGAUGAUCAUGUUGUGAUUAAGUUAUUGUGAUGACCAGAAAAAGUCAUGUUGUGUGCUGCCAGUUUGUUGUAGUUGCGCAAAAUGACUUUGUUUAAAAUAAAUGCUUUUAGUUUGAUUUGACUGAAAGUCAUAGUUUAAGAUUAGUGUGCAGAACAGCUGGGUGUGUAGUUAUGAAUUCUUUUUCAUGAAAACAAAUGUAAGCAUACCAACAUCGCUGUCAAGCUAAGUAGUACUACUGUAUUAUAUAGUACAUGAAAAGAUGGUUUAUAUGUGAUAGCGGUCAAAGCCAAUUCCCGUUUGCCAGCAGUGUUCUCAAUGCUUUAUGCAUUAAACAUACAGUACUAUACUUUGGUUCCUGUUCUGUAGAUGAGAUACCUUUUUAAAUGAAGUAAAAAGAACAAAUACUUGGUGCUAGCUGCUCAUCCUCACAAGAGUCACGGGAGUGCCAGAGCCUAUCCCAUUCUUCAUCAGGCAGGAGGCAGGGCACACCAUGUGAACUGGUUGCCAGCUAAUCGCAGGGCACACGGAGACAGACAACAGUCGCACUCACAAUCACACCAAAGGGAAAUUUAGAGUCUCCAAUGGACCUUUCCGAUGGCGACCUUAAUUUCCGCCCCCUUAGCCAUGUUCCACAAGCUUUCAAAAUGCCAUUUGAACAGAACUUUUUGAAUUCUAUUCUCUAUCGCCUAUUCCAGAUAAUAUUGGGGUAUUUUUUUUGCCAAAUCCGUCAGACUUGUCCAAGCGAGUUCUAUAGAGAGGCCUCAACUAUUUCACGCAAGGACAUGUACAUGCAAUUAAGAUUUUGGAUGGAGCAGGACGCAAUGCCAAAGUCUCAGUGAAACGUUGGCGAUCGAUGCCAAAACGUUUGACACCUCACAAACUUCACAUUGAAAUUCAACAGGAUAAAAUAGUGAAAUCGCACUGCGCAUGUAAAGCAGGGUAAGUACUUUUUACUUGGAAAGAUCACGAGUAAUAUUCAUUUGACUUGGCUCGUAAUCAAGCCCAGUGCUCUGACUUAGUCCGAUGUGAUACAAAUAGGCAAAUAGACAUUUCUCUUGCAUGACAUGACACUAACCAGACUCUUUGGCAUAAAACAUUACACACUUCAUUCAGCAGGACAUAUAUACACUAACAAAGUGAAAGUUGUUCUCCUGCAAUAUAUAAAGCACUGAUAAUAAUUAAAUCAAACUCAAAGAAGAUACUCUUCCCUCACUUACCUUUGAAAAUACAGCCUUGUAUUUUUUGAUAUUGUCCGCAUUAUUUGUACGUGGGGUCUUCCGCAAGCCUUAAUCCAUCAUAGACACUUCAUCAACUGUGUUUUAGGCUUUGGAAGAUGAAUCAACCAGGCCCCUUGUAACCUACCUGGAUAUCAUUCAUCAGAAUUGCACGUUCCCCAAGCGCAUCUGAGGACCAUUUUCUUCGUAACAUUAACUUUUCCAAGCUUGUAGCACGCUACUGACAACUAGUUUUGCUUGUGGGACAAUACAGCGAGAGGGAUGUGUCAAGCCAGGGGUUAAGACAAUGCAGCUAUCAGAUUAGCUGUUAUUGUACGAGUGAUUGACAGGUCGGAAAGGUCCAUUAAUACAUGUUUUGGGGAUGUGAGAGGAUACCGGAGUGCCCAGAGAAAACCCACACAGGCACGGGGAGAACGUGAAAACUCCACACAGACGAGGCCGGGAUUUGAACCCCGGUCCUCAGAACUGUGAGGCCAACACUCUAACCAGUUGCACCACUGUGCCGCCUGCUAGAAUUUACAUUUUUAUAUUUCACUUUAAGUUUGUACUUCAUGCAUGCAAACAUUUACAACCCAAUAACUGAUGAAUAAAAUAGCAAAUAUUUUUCUUGCCAGGAUUCGUAGUGGAUUUCUCACGAGUUAGUGGAUUAGUGGAGGGUCAAUCAUUUAAUCAUGUAUGCUUGAAAUGUGAUCUAAAGUGCAGUUUGUUUUGUGACUGUGAGUGCCAAUGUUAAAUAACCAGUAGGAAGAGUGCAUUUAAAUACAGUGUUUAAUCACAGUAUAUUAAUGCGUCAUUAAGUGCAUACAUUGAUAAAAAAAAAAGAGAGAGUAUGAUCUCCUGUCUUUACAUUCUGUUAACAUGCAGUGCUCAGCAUAAUGUAAAUGAGGAGGCUACACCACAACUGAGAUGAUGGAAAAAGAAAUCUUCUCUAUGGCAUGCUAUACUAAAGUGCCACAUAUUUUGCUCCAUUGCUAUGCUGUAAUAGAUUGAUUUGCCAAUGUGCACACUAAAUGUUGAUUUUUUUUUUUUAACAAAUGUUGGAAAAUGAGUACACAUGAAUCCCUUUUUUAAGAUUCCACCACAGAUGAGUCUCGAGUUUUUUAAUUGUUCAUGUUCCCUGCAAACCUGAUCAGUUUACUUUUCAAAGGGCGUGUAGCCGUGUCAUAAUUUAUGUUGAGGACUACUGUAACUACUCACAAGAAUCACUCAAAAUUUAUCAAUUUACUUUUUAAAGGUCAAGUACCUAAUAAUUUCCAGUCUUGUGAAAAAAGUAUUUGCACCCUUCCAAAAUUUUUGUCUGUAUGCAUUGUUUCCCCACUUCAAUAUUCAAUAUCGAACGCAUGUAAAUAUCAAACAACGAUAACCCAUGAUACAUAACAUGUUUUUAAACUGCGAUUUUAUUUCUGGAAUAAGUCUAAUAAAUUAGUGAAUAUUAUUUCACAGCACUGUCUGUUGUUGAGCAAUGUAUAAUACAAGCCCACUUCCAAUUAAGUUGGGAUGUUGUGUUAAAAAAACAGGGUACAAUGAUUUGCAAAUCAUGUUCAACCUAUUUGUAAUUGAAGAAAUUACAAAGAGAAACUGAUUAACUUUAUUGGUUUUAGCAAAUCAUUAACUUGUAAUUUUAUGGCAAUCUCAUUGAAAUUGGGUUUGUUCAAGACUCACCAUAUCACUAACUUGCAGACAGAAAAAAUUGUAUGACGUCCCACCUGUAAAAGGUUUUGAAUAUUUACUGCUUGUAAGGGUUAUUAGAAAACGGUCUUUAACCUGGCAUUAGGAUUACUUUCAUAUUUCCAUAAGAAAACGAGUCUCAUAAAUAGUUUAUGUAGAUCCUACUCAAUGGUCUAACUCGUUUCUAAUGUUACAAAAUACCCAGCAGUUAUGAUGUCAUAUAGUUGAGAUACUCAUUGUAUUUGUUCUCCACUUACUAUUUGUCAUGCUUAUGUCUGAUGAUCCAUAGUUAAAUAUCACAUUAAAUCAAGCUUUUUCCCUUCAAAUAGCAAUUCUGUACUUUCAAACAAUGUCAUUUGUCAUUUCUGUAACACAAUAU